AUGUCGCGUAUUGUUGCUAUUCAUGGAGCUCCAGGAUCUGGUAAAUCAACACUUGUACGUGCUGUGAAGGAACAUUUGGGCAACGCGUGUUUGGCGAUUGAAGAGAAGGUUGACGACAUUCUAUCAACUCCAAGCACGAUUGAUAGUGACGCGUCAUGGUUUCAGCUUACAACAGCCAUCAGUGCAAGUGACAAUGCCACACAAUUCAUGAUGGAAAAAAUCAGUCCAACAUCAGUACUGAUCUGUUAUUUCAUCGUGUACUUGCUAUUUGAAAGCGUAUGGCCCUUGUUUAUCGUUUUCAUUGUUGGUUUUUCGAUUUGUCGCAUUUGCCGCUGGUUGGUCAGUCAUAUUCUGUCAAAAAUGUGGCUGUACAAUGUAGAUCUGUUCGAAAAUUGCCAAAAGAGAAGUAAUCAUCGUUGGGUUUGGCGAGACCGAACAUGUGUCGAUAUUUAUUCUUAUUGCAUUCUGAAUCAAGCCACAGCAGUACCAUCAAAUUUACCAAAAAUUAUCAUGAACCAGACAUGUGCAACUACUGUAGCAAUCCUUCUCGAUCAUCCACGGUAUAUCAUUGAAAGUCAUUUAAGAGAACGAGCAUCAUCAGCAACAGUGUCAUUUUCAACGAGGUUGGCCACGCGACUCAUUCUGUGUUUCGAUGUGCCAAUUCGAUCUGCGAUCGAUGGACUUAAAUUACUCGAACGUUGGUAUUCACACUUGAAGACACCAGUCAUAAAAAUUAGUCAAAUCAAUAAUCAAUUAGAUCACGAUCCAAUAACCAAUGAUAUUCAAUGGAGUGAACAUUCGAUUGAGGUUCUUCUAAAAAAUAUUGAGGAAUUAAUUCGAACAUGUGAGCCUUCUUCUUCGAAUAUUGAUGAUUCGCAUAUUCCAUGGCAAACUGCAAGAAAUUCUCGUCUCUAUCGAUGA